AUGGAGACCUGGGGUGCUUGCUUCCUCACCCUCUUCCUCUGCCUGGUCCUGUCCGCACUUUUUCUUCGGCGGCCUCACCGAGGGCUGCCACCAGGCCCGCCGGCUGUCCCCUUCGUCGGCAAUCUCAUAUGGCUUACCCGCUUCGCCGCCGACUUCGAGCCCCCCAUCCGGGAUCUCUGGUCCAAGUAUGGUCCCAUCGUGACGAUUCGCCUCGGCUCCAUCCCGAUCGUCAUGGUCGGCGACCCGGAUAUCGCCCAUAUUAUGCUCGUCCAACACGGGGCCGUCUUCGCCGAUCGACCUAUCCCCCCUCCCUCCCUCCAAUUCCUCAGUUCCAACCAGUGCAGUGUCGGUACCGCCGGUUACGGCCCUCGAUGGCGGCUUCUCCGUCGUAACCUCGCGACGGAGAUGCUCAACCCUUCGCGUGUCAGGCAAUUCGCUGAUGCUCGUGAGUCGGUCCUGCACGUGCUCCUCGACAAGCUACGCCACACAGCGGCGUCUGGGGAUGGCGUUGUGGUCGUCAAAGAGACCUUCCAAUUCGCCAUGGUCUCUUUGCUUGUCUUCCUUUGCUUUGGCGAGAAGCUCGAGGAGGCGGCCGUCAGAGACAUCGAGGCUGCGCAGAAGGAUUUACUUCGCUUGUUCCGGAAGCUCAAUAUUUUUGCAAUCGCCCCAAAAAUCAGUAGGUAUUUAUUCACGCGGAGGUGGAACUGUGUCUCCUACAGAUACUUCAGCGGCGGAGGGAGAUCUUCCUUCCUCUGAUCAGAUCUCGGCGCCAACAGAAGGAAUCAAACGUUCCGGAGGAGAACAGCUUCCGCUCCUGCUACUUGGAUUCCCUCCUGGACCUCGAGAUCCCGGAAGAGGAGGGAAGAAAGCUCAACGACGACGAGAUCAUCACUCUCUGCUCCGAGUUCCUCGCUGCGGGCUCCGACACCACCUCCACGGCGCUGGAGUGGAUCAUGGCGAACGUCGUCAAGCACCCUAACGUGCAGGAGAAACUGGCGGAAGAAGUCGGCACGGAGAUCAAGGAGGAGGACCUCCAGAAGAAACCGUACCUGAAGGCCGUGGUCCUGGAGGGGCUCCGCCGCCAUUCGCCCGGUCACUUUGUGUUUCCCCAUGCCAUCACGAAGGAGAUCUCUGUGUGUGGGUACACCAUCCCCAAGGAUGCCCUCGUCAACUUCGCAGUGGCAAAGAUGAACCUGGACGGGGAAAAGUGGCCGGAUCCGCUGGAAUUCCGGCCGGAGAGGUUCCUCCCUGGCGGCGAAGGGGAGGGAGUGGACAUCACCGGCAGCAAGGAGAUCCGGAUGAUGCCGUUCGGCGUGGGACGGAGGAUCUGCCCCGGGAUGAGCUUCGCGCUGUUCCAUCUGAAGUUCUUCGUGUCCAACCUGGUGGGAGAGUUCCGAUGGGAGGCGGCCGACGGCGGGGAAGUCGACCUGUCGGAGACACCCGAGUUGACGGUGAUCAUGAGGAACCCCCUUCGUGCGUGCAUCUCCUCCCGCCGUAAGUAG